UCUCAACGUAAGUUGCAACGUAUCACUCAUUAUUCCUCCUUCUUCUCGUUCACUCACCAUGACAGCUGCUCUUCCCGUCGACAUAUGGUCCCACAUCCUUUCAUAUUGCAUAGAAGUACCACCUACACCAGGGGCCCAUGUUCCCCAACCAACUCUUGUCAACGCCCUGCGCGUUAGCUCGACACUGUUCCUCGCUGCCGCACCCCAUUUGUACUCUCAAGCUACUGUCUCUGACCCAGGCAGCUUUCUUCUUGGGUUGGACAGACCUACUUCUGUUUUUCCCUCGUCCUUUAUCACGAGUCAACAAAUGGACUAUGAGUAUCUCAAAUGGGGCCACAAGAAAAUUCCUCUACUUCGUCAUCUUCAGAAAGUCACAUUUUUUCGCCCUUUUAUUAGUGGCUAUGACUCUGUCGUUUCUCCUGAAUCCACAGGUUCUGAAGCCACCUUUGCUUCUUUAGGUUAUGCCAACCAAAUGCUCAGCCAUCUACUCUUCACGGAAACCACUCAUGUAUCGCCAAAGUUCGAAACACUAUCCAUCCUGGACCCUCCAGAGCUCCCUGUGUACCCUCAGACGGUACCUCCAUUUGCCCAAUUCAUACAGCUUUUCAUCCGUUACUUCCAGCCAAGGUCGGUAUGCGUUCAGAAUGCCGAUAUUCUCAUACCAUCCCAAAAGGUCAAAUUGCAAGAUCUAUAUUUACCCGAAAAUGUGAUCAUCCAUGCCGACCUAGACUGGAAGCUCACCGUCAUUUGGGGAACCACCAAUAGGAUUUGUUUCUUCAAAUCAAAAAUCGCGGAGGAAGGUAACCUUGACCUAGGAGCCUUGACUAUAGCGGAUCCUACUGAAGGGAACGGUCAGGCGAUGGAAGCAGCUGUCGAUAUCAGAAGCGAUGAUGAUGGGGGAUGGGAAGACAUUGACGGAAUCUCGGGUGCAUCAUCUGGUCUCACAUCGCAGCGGGCGCAAAACACUCCGUCCAAUACUGCUCUCCACAAUCAGUCAAACGAACUCUAUCUUGGUGCUUUUGAUCCAGAGGACCUGGAAGACGAUUAUUAUGACGAGUAUGACUGGGACGACGAGCUUGACGCAGAUGAUGACUUUGGAGGGAUUUAUGAUGAUGGCGUUGGCCUGCCCAGUCGUAUGAGCGACUUUGAUGGGGAUGACGAGGUUGCUGCGGUUCUUCCGGGUGGUUUUUCUGAAGAAGAGGUCAUAAGCACCCUUGCCGAUUGUCUUAGCCGAUCAUUCAAACAUUGUCGCAUCAACAAUAGAAAAGGUGGCGGAAAAUCAAUACAACGGACCAUCUUCGAGUUCUACGGUCUAGAGCAGUUCCUGUCGGUGGAUACGCUGGUAUAUCGGAAUCCAGAUAUCUACGGACAAGACACCGAAGACCAAAUUCUGCAAAAGGCUAUGGACAGGAUCAGGGAAAUGGUACAGCAACAUGUCGAACAGAUGCUGGCGGGUGUUGGACAAUUACCCGUCAUCAAAUUCUUGCGCGCGAAUGAAGCGUCAGAUUGUGAAGGAUGUGGUAGGAAGAUGGCGGAGUGUCGGAUUAAUAAACCUGAAGAUUAGGUCAAAAUGAUGAAUAUAUG